CCGCCGACUGACCCCACGGCUUGGCGGCUGUCCACACGAUAAGGCGGCCUGCGGGCAGCGCAGCAGCCGCGCCACACCAACCCGUGGCUCCAGACCGCCCAGAGUUUAUCAGGUGUUGGAGAUGGCAUUGGCAUGGCUGUGCCCACACACAAAGAAGACGCCAACAGUACGUGUGCGUGACUUGAAUGCCAUGACUGAUGGAGAGUGCGCAGCACUGCUGCUCAACGUGGUGGAGCGCUGGCCUGCUGCUGCCGAGGCCGUCUGCUCUGGCAGGCCCUACCAAAGUGCCGACCAUGUGGCUGCUGCUGCUGGUGACUACCUGGACUGCUUGACAACAGCAGACAAGGAGGAGGUUCUGCGCAGCCACCCAGACCUGGGCAGCAAGGAGCAGCUGACAGAGGAGUCCAACAGAGAGCAGCACAUGGCUGGCCUGCAGACAAACUCCAAGGCAACCAUCAGUGGCAUACAUGAGCUGAGCCUCAGCUAUAAAUCAAAAUUUGGAUUCCCAUUUGUAAUUUGUGCACGGGAAAAUAAAGCAGACACAAUUCUUGAAGGGUUGAGGAGGAGGUUACAGAAUUCUAAGCAAGAUGAACUGGAAACAGGUAUUUCUGAAGUAAAGAAGAUAUGCAAUUUAAGAAUAAAAGAUUUAGUCGAAGACUGAACUUUUGUGUCGUGUAUAUAAUAACUUGUUAUUCAACUUACAUGAAAUAAAAACCAAUAUUUCCCUUCAAAUAAAAAUAAAGGUGUAUCAGCUAGAAGCACCACUA